GCGCUUGAUAGCCCGGGCGACAGUAGUUGACGGUAAUUGUAGGUGCCCGCAUUAUCUAGCAUGCGAAGGCACACAUACAGGGCCAGCAGGCGCAGCAGAUUCUGCCAACGACAACGCCCUUUCCAUGGACUGUGCGAUCCGAUUGGCGGAAACCCGCACAACCGCGUGCUUGAAGUUGGCUGCCCAAAGGGGCUUCUCGGGUCCAGGCUUUGGGGAGCCGGGUACGUAUGUCUAAAUCAUUUCCCAAGCUGUCUCCCAGUGCUCAAGUGGUUCUUCAGCCUUCGGUCCAAAAACAAACUCUACGUCUCCUCUACCAUGGUCAAGUCGGACGUGUAUAGCUCCCCUAUCGUCUUCUCCCAGCUGGACCUGCGGGUUGGCAAGAUCACCGAGGUGAAAGCGCACCCGAACUCGGAACGCCACUACAUUGAGACGGUGGACAUCGGCAAGGGUGAGGAGCUCGAGAUGGUCAUGGAACACCAGCCGUACUUCGCCGAGGAGGAGCUUGUAGACCGAAAGGUUGUGGUACUCUGCAAUCUCAAGAUGGUCAAGGUGGUGCGGACACGCUCCACGGGCGCCAUCCUGCUGGUGGCUAACGACAAGGGCAAGGUCGAACUGCUGGACCCAAGCCCGGAGGCUGAGAUAGGCGAGCGUGUUUACGCUAGCGGUGAGGAGUUGCAGGAUCCCGUGACGCCCAUCCAGAUGAAGAAGAACAAGGUAUGGGAGGCGCUGUGCAAGGACAUCAAAACCAACAACAAGUGCGAGAUCACGUAUUUGGACCGAUACCCGGUGCGUUCACGGGCGGGCCCCGUGCGUGUCGAGUCGCUUAAGAAGGUUUUCGUAACAAAGUAAGAGCGGCCAUUGGCUCGUGUCUCCCCGUCUAGUAGUAUGUACGUUGAAAGCUGGCGAACGACGGCAAGCGUGGAAGCGAUCUGAGUUCGGCAACCACCUGCCGGUUUCCUGCGAGGAAGGGUCCGUUAUUCUCGCGAUUUUUCCAAGAAAAGUGAAAAACA